GUUUAUUUCACGCCCAUUACCAUCUCCAUCAAUACGGUUUCAACUCCCAACCGCCAUAACUGUUCCUCUCAUCCCACGAAAAAAAAAAAACCAGGAUCUAUCUCUCUCCCCACCUUUCCCUUCAAACAUAAACAAUGGCUUCCCAAAACGCUAAUCCAAAAAAAUCCCUGUAUCCAGAAGUGAUCCUAUCAAAUCCCGAUUCUCCUUCUCAUCUCCACUCAAACCCUACUCUUCAAUCACCAUCUUCCAACCUCUACCCUACCAUCGACAUGCGCGACCUCGUCGAAAAUCUCUUCCCUGACCCCGAAGAAUACAAUCACCAUACCCCCUCUGCCCCACCGGAGGCCAUGGAGGAAGUAUUGAUCACAAUCCCCGGUGCCGUUCUCAAUCUAAUCGACAAGAACUAUAGUGUCGAGCUCGCUUGUGGAGAUCUCUCCAUUUUCCGCCUCCGCCAGGGUGAUAAUAUCGUCGCCGUUCUCGCUCGAGUCGCUGACGAGAUCCAAUGGCCUUUAGCCAAGGACGAGGCAGCAGUAAAACUAGACGAUUCGCAUUAUUUUUUCUCCCUCCGGUUGCCCAAGGAGCACCAGGACUCGGAUUCGAGCAGUGAUGAGGAGGACAAGAAGAGUAUAAACAAAAAUAGUAGUGAUUCGAAUGAUAUAUUGAACUAUGGUUUGACCAUUGCAUCCAAAGGGCAGGAGGCGUUGUUGAAGGAGUUCGAUGGCAUUUUACAGGCUUAUAGCUGUUUUACAAUCCAGAAAGUUUCUGAGAACGCUGAAGCUAAGGGAGACGCUUUGUUGAGUGAGUUGACAGUGAAGGAGACUUCACCGGCGGAUUUGCAGAAUGAGGACAAGAAAGAAUUGAUGGAGGGGAGGUGUGCGGCGUAUUGGACCACAUUGGCACCCAAUGUGGAGGAUUAUAGUAGCACUACUGCAAAGGUGAUUGCUACGGGUUCAGGGCACCUGAUUAAGGGCAUUUUGUGGUGCGGGGAUGUGACUGUAGAUAGGAUGAAAUGGGGGAAUGAGGUCAUGAAGAGAAGGAUGAGUUUCAAGUCGAAAUCAGAGAUUAGUCCUGACACUAUGAAAAGGAUUAGAAGAGUUAAGAAGAUUACAAAAAGGACAGAGAAAGUUGCCAAGGGAGUUCUCUCUGGGGUUGUGAAAGUAUCUGGAAUUUUCACUAGUAAAGUUGCAAAUUCAAAAGUGGGCAAGAAAUUCUUUGGCCUCCUGCCAGGGGAAAUUGUGCUUGCGUCCCUGGAUGGAUUUAGCAAGGUUUGUGAUGCUGUUGAAGUAGCUGGAAGGAAUGUCAUGUCAACAUCAUCCACUGUGACAACUGAACUCGUCAACCACAGAUAUGGUGAACAAGCAGCUGAGGCUACAAAUGAGAGUCUUGAUGCAGCUGGGCAUGCAAUAGGGACUGCAUGGGCUGCAUUUAAGAUUCGAAAAGCACUUAAUCCAAAAAGUGCAUUAAAAUCCAGCAGCCUGGCAAAAUCUGCUGUUAAAGCUGCUGCUGCUGAGAUGAAAGCUAAGAAUUCCAAAUAACUGCAGAUGGAUAUUCUUAAAACAUUGCUGAACUUCGGUUGUAGCAAUUGGAGCUUUCAUUCUUUCAUUUUUAUCCUUUGUUGCUUGUAAAUCUAGCUUUUAUAUUUUAUUUUUUUCCCUCAUCAAUUUGUAAUUACUGUUGUAUAUUUUACAGAGACAAGAUUACUAUAACUUAAUUUACCACGCUGCCUGUUCCAAA